AUGGCUCGUACCAAGCAAUCCGCUAGCAAAUCCAGAGGAGGAAAGGCUCCUUGCAAGCAGCUGGCCACCAAGGCCGACCAGCAGUCGGCCAUGGCCACCGGAGAUGAAGAAGCCGCAUGUUAUCGUCCUGGAACCGUCGUCCUGCGUGAGAUUCGUCGCUACCAAAAGUGUCGAGCUGCUCAUCCGCAAACUGCCGUCCAGCGGUGA